CCAUGGGUCCUCUACCUCUCAAAUAAGGGCUCCUCUCCCCUCCACUAUUUAACCACUACUAUUACCACUCUCUCUUCAAUUCAACUUACCUGGAAAUGGCUGGAAUUUGCUGCACUGUUGUCGGGGAAGGUGACGCUACUGCUCCUCUCGAUUCCACCUCACGCCGCCGAAGCUUGGACCUCCUGCCCUUGAAAUACAUCGCUGACAUGGCAGUGCCGCCGCCGCCGCCAGAGGGCUCCUGCAAACGUCCCAAGCUUCAUAUCACUGAUUGCGAGGACGACCCAGAGACCGAGGAAUCCGACCAAGACGACGUCAGCGACGACGACGACCACGACGAAGUCGCUCCCCAAACCAAAACUGCAAAAACCGCCAAGCUUGAAGAAGAACUCGAGGACUCUCCCAAGUUCGGCGUCACCUCCGUCUGCGGCAGGAGAAGAGACAUGGAGGAUUCCGUUUGCGUCCAGCCUUCCUUCACGACCCACGGAUUCCACUACUUCGGCGUCUUCGACGGCCACGGCUGCUCUCACGUUGCGAUGAUGUGCAAGGAGAGGCUUCAUGAGAUUGUGAACGAGGAGAUUCGCAGCGGGAGCGACAGUUUUACUUGGAAAUCGAUGAUGGAGAACGGUUUCGCUCGCAUGGACGACGAGGUUCAUCGCCGCAGCCGGAGCGAGCACACCUACGCUUGCCGCUGCGAGCUUCGUACUCCUCACUGCGACGCCGUCGGAUCCACCGCGGUGAUCGCUGUCAUCACGCGGGACAGAAUCGUUGUCUCCAACUGCGGCGACUCCCGCGCUGUCCUCUGCCGCAGCGGCUUCGCCAUCCCUCUCUCCUGCGAUCACAAGCCGGAUCGCCCCGAUGAGUUGCUCCGAGUCCAAGCCAGGGGAGGGCGCGUGAUCUACUGGGACGGCCCAAGAGUGCUUGGAGUGUUGGCCAUGUCACGUGCCAUAGGUGACAAUUAUCUGAAGCCGUUCGUGAUUUCUGAGCCGGAGGUGACGGUGACGGAACGGAGUGAUGAGGAUGAGUGUUUGAUUCUGGCGAGUGAUGGGUUAUGGGAUGUAGUGUCCAAUGAGACCGCUUGUGGGGUUGUGAGGAUGUGCCUUAGGGCGCAGAAGCAGAAGCAGAAGCUGCCGUCGCCACCCCCGUCUCCGGGGAGUGACGUCACGGCAGAUGGGUCCGACCGGGCUUGCUCCGAUGCGUCGAUUCUGUUGACCAAGUUGGCAUUGGCCAGGCACAGUGCGGAUAAUGUGAGCGUGGUGGUGAUUGAUUUGAGGAAAGAAGGAGGUCAAUCAUCCAGGGCCAGUGCCAGGGCUAGUUCCAGCGCUAGUGCUAGCGCUAACGCCAGCGCCGUUAAUUAGUUAACGGCGGAGAGAAACCAAUCAAAAACUAAUAAAUGUGUGAAUGAGGAAUGAAUGCGGGUUUUAACCGUAAUGGGCGCUGCACUGCACAUCCUAUGUUGUUGUCAGGACUUUGAUAAAGGAUGAGGAGACAAUAUCUAAGGAGGGGCGUGUGGCUUUUGUUUAGUCAAUGUUGUUGUUGUAAUGUAAUGGGGUUCGUUCUAGGGGUAAAAAAAAAUGAGCACGAAAACUGUAACUUUGGCAAAUGAAAAAGUUAUAGGAAAUUUUAAUGUAGAGGAAAAUUCGAGUCGACAAAGGAAUCAAACAAUCCAGUCGACACCCCUUUUCUUUUGUCCAUAAUCGAAUCUAUAAAAUUUCAUUUUGCUGUGGUUCAUUUCUA